CACACUUGUAAAGGUUAGGAAGCAGCUCAGUGUUUGUUUACCAGCCCCACGCGGCCUUGGCUGUAGUCUCUAAUUUCAACUGCGGAUUGGACCUCCAUGUGAGUCCAUGGAAGAGGAGACCGUAUCAAGUACAGUCUCGUUAUUGUCUCCCUGUCGCAGACCGAUCGGUUGUGUUCUAUCGUUGGAUGUAUUGUCUGUCUAUUGAUCUCUGAAAGGCCUAGCAAUGGCUGUACGAUUGUGUCUGUAUCCCUCCUCCCUGCCGUGGACCCCAGGAGAGGUAGGGGCUGGUGGGACAGGGGCGUGGGGUAGCAUGGGACAGAAUGCCAGCAACACUGAGACAGUGCCCCAGCAACACCAACAGCAACCUGCUCAACACAACACCGAUGAUGAGGUGGACUUGCAGCAGAGUACGACAGGGAGUGAGGGGGGUGACUCAUCAGGCGGAACCCCUCCCUCCAAACGCAAGGGCAAGUUCUCUAGCUUCGGGAAUAUGUUCAAGCCCUGGAAGUGGAGGAAGAAGAAGAGCAGCGAGACCUUUCUGGAAACCUCAAUAGUGUUGGAGAGGAAGAUCUCAGUAAGGAGACCUCGUCAGGAGCUGAUUGACAGAGGAUUGCUGAAAGAACUGCCGGAGAAUGAGGGCAACAGCGUGAACCAUUCCAAAGGUCCAGUGGUGAAGAAUGGCCAGCCAGUACCUAUGGAUGUUGACCGGGUCUCAGAGACCGCGAUCAAGGUGUCCCGGGGGGAGGCAGGCCCAGGGCUCAACCCCACCUGGCUACCCCAGGGAGAGGAUCCACGGCGGGGCAGCGUCCCUUCAGACGACCCCCGGAGCAGGAGCCGGGUACCCUCUGACGCCUCGCGCUCCAACCGAGCCCCACUGGACGUAGACUCACACGCCAGGCUAUCAGUCAUAGAUCUGGAGAGACGGAGUAGAGUGCCGUCUGACGUGUCAGAGAGGAGAGGAGGGUCACUACCGAGAGGACCUGCUCCGGAGGAGGGGAGGCAACGGAAAGAGGAUAAAGAGGACAAGAGAGAGGAGAGAGACUGGAAAGAGGAGAGGAGAGACUGGAAAGAGGAGAGGAGAGACGGGAAAGAGGAACUUCACUCUGAGAUGGAGCUACGGCAGAGUCUCCAGAAGACCUCCUCAGAGGACCUCCGUAGCAGGGUCCGUCCUGCCUCUGAGGCUUACCGCGGGAGCACCCUGCCCAGGUACAUGCCAUCUGAGGAGAUCAAAGGAGGGGAGACCCGCGGACGAGCAGAGUCCACUGGUGUCCGCUUCGCCCCUAUCCACACCCCAGAUCCUGACUCCUCCCGUAGAGAGCCGCCUCCUACCAAACAGGCCAUGCUCCCUCCUAAGAGCCACCCCACUAUCACCACCUCCAUGGAGCCUGUCCGGACCUCCACCCCACCCUCCUCCUCUACCUCCCCUGCUAUAGCAGUGGCCAAGCCCGCCAGGACUGUCUCCCUGAUCAUCAGUGAUGACCCUCGUCCCACCCACUCCAACCCUGUCCCCCCUGUACGUUCCAGCCAGGUACCCCCCCUCCUCCACCACGGGGGAAUCGGCCACUCCUCCCCCCGUACCCCCCCCAUGCCAAGCAGCCACCUGUACCCCCACCCAAACCCACCAACCGCAACAGCAACCCUGCUCUGCUUGGGCCUCCAGGGUCCAAGGUCCCCUUUCUCCUCACUACUGUUCCAGCUGGAGAAGGCAGGGGGGAGCUGGGCCUGUACCUUUCCCUGCCCACCUACCUCCACCGCCGACGGACUGAACAAGCCUGCUCAGCCCAUGGUGUGA